AGAUGAGAAGAAGAAGAAGAAGAAGAAGAAGAAGUGGGAGGACUCGGAUAGAUGACGGAUGUUUAUUCCAGCCUGUUCAAAGGAGAAGUUUAUACUUUAAACAGCUCAGAAUUAAAAGCAGAGAAUGGGAAAAAGGAUUGACGGUGGUUGUUACGCUGAAACCCGGACUAUCUCCACCGAACACCGACUUUUGUGUGUCAGCGGGACAUUCGGCACGGACUAGCAAACGGAUUAGCAUACGGGCUAGCUCGUUGCUGUUUGUGGCCCUCAGUAAAAAAAGGAAAUUAACUGUCCCAUAUCAUCUGGUGUUCAUGAACCCAAAGAAAAAUGGUGUACCUGUUAAAUCCUAUAGAAAACCUGAGAAACUACAUCAACAACCGUCCUCCACUGGUCCUGUUUAUGGUCAGCGUCAGCGCCGUGGCCAUCGCCUUCCUGACCAUCGGCUAUUUCUUCAAGAUUAAGGAGAUCAAGUCUCCAGAGCUGACGGAGGACUGGAACACUUUUCUUCUGCGCUUCAAUGAGCUGGAUUUGUGCGUGUCGGAGAAUGAAACUCUGAAGCACGGACUGAAUGAGUCAACGACGUCCGAGAGCAUGGUGGUGACCAGCGGCCAGGCACGUUCCAGCACCCAGCCUCCCCUCCUGCUCGAGGACUCUGGUCCCAUCAACAUCUCGGUGUCCAUCACCCUCACCCUGGACCCACAGCACCCGUUUGGGGGAUACUCUCGGAACAUCACUCACCUGUAUGCCACCGUGCUUGGACAGCAGCUCGGCCUGAGCGGCCGGGAAGCCCAUGAAGAAAUAAACAUCACUUUCUCCUUGCCUGUUUCCUGGAACUCUGAUGACUGUGUGCUGCACGGUCACUGCGAGCAGGUGGUGUUCAGCACGUGCAUGACCGUCACCGCGGCCACUAACAUCUUCCCCGUCACAGUGCAGCCGCCGCACUGUGUGCCGGAGACGUACACUAACGCAACGUCGUGGUAUAAGGUGUUCACUACAGCCCGUGAUGCAGACACCAAGUACAGUCAAGACUACAACCCCUACUGGUGUUACAAAGGAGCCAUCGGCAAGUUGUACCACGCCCUCAACCCAAAGCUCACCGUCAUUGUUCCUGAUGAUGACCGUUCGCUCAUCAAUCUACACCUGAUGCACACAAGCUACUUCCUGUUUGUGAUGGUCAUCACUAUGUUCUGCUAUGCAGUCAUCAAGGGACGGCCUGGCAAAGUGCGGCAAACCAGCCCCGACUUUGCUGAGAAGGUGGCGUUAUCAGAAGGUUAGACCAAAAUCAGGACUUUCCUGUAAUUUGGACAAACACACAAAUAGAAGAAAUUAAAAUACCAGUUGCCUAGUGAACCCUGGAAAUACAAUAAGGUGCACAAACACUCUGUGAAUGCAUUAUUCUUGCAACGUUGGGAGUCUCCAACCAAAGAUAUACAAGUGCCUGUAUCUGUGGUGUAAAUAUUUGUAGGAACUUUUUUCUUUUUGUUCUUUCCUUGUUCGUAUUUUUGCCGGGGUCCCCUGGUGCCAUGGCAGACUUACUACAGUAACGCAGGGGGCAACAUGUCCAUUUUCCAUUUUAUUGGAAAUAAAGCCUUUGAAAAGACAGAGAAGGGGUUUCCAAAAGAAUUCUGUGGCAUUUAUCGCAGAUGUCAGGUUAGCAUUUUGCUCUCAAAGUUGGAACAUCUCCAAAGGAAAUACGUACAAACCAAGUAUCUCGCCUGUGAAUAUAGCACGAUUGUUCAUGUUUAAAUAAGUGAUAGUGGAUUAAAAUAUUCUUGAAUUGUUUGAGACUGAUGUUUGCUUGAGAUUGAGAUCAUUUGUAGCAGUCCUUGCUCAUUGCAAGGACUGCUACAGCAGGAAAGAGAACAAUUGUAUCACAUCUGUCUGAAUUUGGCACAAAAUAUCAAAUUAAAUGAAAAUUCUAUUUAAAAAUGUCAUCAUGUAUCGCUUGUUUAGUCAUGUUUGACUUUUUGGGCCACUGGUGGCAGGUUGUUGUUGUUUGAAAGUUUGACAAGUAAUGCGAAAAAAGAAAUUCUCUCAUGGUGCAAAUAAAUACAAUUGCAAGAAGUUAUAAUUUAUUGAUUACAUUUACAAAGGGUUGAACAAGUUUUGUGAUGUGAUUGACAUAAUUUAUAGAAUAAAGUUGCUAAAUUUCAAGAAGAAAAUCAGUUUCUGGUGAAUAUUCAUCAGAAAGUAAAAAAAAAAGAGUUUAUGAAAAUGUCAUAUGACACAAUUAGUUGUCUUUUAAAAAUGUUUUACUUUGCAUGGCAAAGAACAACUCUCAGAAAACGUAUGUUCUUGAGAGUAAAAUUUGCAGUGUUUCAAAAGACGAGUUGUACAUUUACCAUAAAUGCGUUGUGAAAUUAGGGAAGAGAAAUUACCAGAACAAAAUAGUAUUUUU